GCGAGAUACCGUAGCGACAGAAGAACCCGGAAGCAUAGCUGCCGUCAUCCAAAUAAACAACAUGUAAGCAACAUUUUCAUAUAAAAGUAAUUAGCUGGUACUUUGAUAACUUUCACUAUUUUACAAGAGUUAGUAGUUGUUAGUUUUCAGGUCAGGAAAUUGCAGUAGUGGUGGACGAAAGACAUCGAAAAGUCCGCAGAGGCGCUGUGUAAGUGAGUAAACUUUCUGAGAGCAGUGCCACAUCCUCACAAAGUGACUGAAGAGCUUACAGACCAACUUAGUCUGCUGAAAGGUUCAAGUUUUUAUACUGUUAUACUACUGAGAGGUUCGAGAUAGUCAUUCGGGUGUUGGAGGGUGUAAAUCUAGAAAAACCGUAACGUUAGCGUGUAAUGUGGUCAUUAUUACCAGCUAUAUAGACGGUUUUAAAGUUAACACUUGAUAAGCAGGUGAAAUUAUUUCAGAUUUAUGACUAGCUGUAGUGUUACCGAUGGAUUUUGUUAUUGUUGUUUGUUUGUUUCUGUGGAUAUUCAACACUUCAUACCUGCCACAUAGGGGAGAGUGGGUUAAGUUGAGCCAAAGGGUAAGUUGAGCCACCCCCUGUUGCUUGGAAAUGGUAAAAGAAAUUGAUCAAGUGACCAAAUAUUAAAGUCAAUUUAGUCUGUCAUUUUAAAUUUGUACAUCAGUUGUGGUAUCUAUGAGCUACAACAUGAGGUCAAAAACCUAACAUAAAAGUCCACCAUUUUAACUUAGAGGACUAAUAAAGUCAUAAAAAUAGUUCUGGGAUAAGUUGAGGCAGUGGCUCAAUUGAGGAAGUAAAGGAGUCUGAUGAGAGGAUCAGAGUUUUAGUUCAGAUUGUUGAAAUGUGUUACUUUUUCUUUUCAAAAAUACAGCUGUGAAUGUUCUGAAUCACUGAAUGUUCUGAAUAAAAUACAUGCAGAUACACUAGUUAGAGACAAAACUGGGAUUGACUUGCUGUAGUGAUCUAAAAUAUGAAAAAUGGCUCAUCUUAGCCCAUUCUCCCCUAUAAACGGUUUGAAAGUUAACACUUGAUAAGCAGGUGAAGUUAUAUGAGAUUUUUGACUAGCUUUAGGGUCACCAAUGGAUUUUGAUGUUGUUGUUUGUCUGUUUCAAUUUCAUACCUGCCACAUACACUCAUUUAGAAACUUAAGCUGACCCAGUUCCUGGAAUUUUCACAGGGGCUGACUCUGGAAACUGUCAUGAAGAGGCGGUGCCCAAAGAUGAUCAUCAAAAACUGACCCACCGAGUCUGUAAACUGUGUUUGGAUCUGUAAUUUAAAGUCAACCAUGGCUCAGGAGGAAGAGGAUGAGCAGACAGUAGAUGGGCCCAAGGAGGUGGACAUGUUUACAUCCAUUCGUUGCCUAGGUUACUUGUCCAGCAUCAACCUCCUUGUGGCGGUAUGUGUCGGCAUGUAUGUACGCUGGGAGGUGACUGAUGAACCAAUGAUCCUGGUCAUCUUCAUCCUGGGUCUCUUCGUCCUGGGGAUAGCCAGCAUCCUCCAUUACUAUUUUGCCAUGAAGAAAGCCAGUCUCAGCCUGUUCCAACUGUGGUUUGGCUUUUUGAUUGGCCUUCUGUGCUUCCUCAACAGCCCCGCCUUGGACUCCAAUGUCAAGGAAUUGGUUGCCAACUACCUCCUCCUUGCCAGUGUAAUAAUGAAAAUGGUAUGGGCUUUUACUGAGCGAAUAUGCAGCUCUAUUCGUUAUAAACCCAUCCUGCUCACAUCUGCUGAAUUCCUGGAGCUCCUGGGAUUUGGCAUUGCCAGCACUACCAUGCUUCUACAAAAAUCAGCGGCCAUUAUAGGCUUGGUCGUGGCCCUGGGGGCUCUCAUUGUGGACCUGAGGAUGAAAUCCCUCCUGGCUUUGCCAAACCUGGUCAGUUUUGCCUUGGUUACGUCCCUUGUGUUUUUCCAGGCCUUAAGCAUCACAGCCAACCCGUAUGCACUGGGGUGCUACCUAGGCAGGCUGCUUUGUGAGCCUGUUCUAGAUGUCUAUUUCAGCGGGCUGGGGUCCAGUGAGCGUUGGAUACCAGUACUUUCCAUGGGGAGGGUGUGGAGGAGGCUGUCCCUGCUGCCUCUCUGCCUCAUAGAGCUGGCCUUCUUUGUCCUGGCUGCCUUAAAGGUACACAGCAUUUUGGGAAAAUUGUAUUGUGAAAUAAUUGACAUUUCAAUCAUGUGCUUCUUUAGGGCCUCUGUGAGACCUCCAACUCUAAUAAUUUCUUGCAGUAUCUAACCACUGUGAAACAAUUUUUCAUUUAAUUUAUACUGCUUGGUUUUAUGAUUGUAGGGCUGUGCUUACUGACUCUUUUCCUUUACAUAGCUUGGACACUUGGAGCUGUGGUAUCUGGUGAUCCCAGGCUUCUGCAUAUUUGGCCUUUUCUGGUCCAUCUGCCACAUUAUUCUGGUGAUCACAAUUUGGGGCUUUCACACCAAACUGAAUGAGUGUCAGAAGGCCUGGCGGGCUCAGCGGUCCAGCAGCCGGAGUCUGGACCAAGUUAUGGCCUCGAGGGGCAUCCGACACUUCUGCCUCAUUUCAGAGCGCCUGGUUUUCUUCAGUAUGCUGUCGACAGUCGUGCUGGGAGCUGUGUCCUGGCAGGUAGGACCCGAGUGAGAGUUUAUUACCACAGUCAUUUCAUUAGGACUUCAAGACGUUUACAUAAAACUUUAAAAAUAAGAACAAGCUCAGAUUGUUCUUUGAAAGUCUGUUCAAACAUCUUUCACCUGUGGUACAAUGCCUGAAAAGAGAUGCUAGAGACAGUGUGUCGUUUGUUGUUGCUCCCCAAGCUAAGACACAUCAGCUCUCAUGCGAAACCAAUUUAAUUAGCUCUUUAAUAUCCCUAUCUACUUGCAUAAGGAGCAGCAAUAAGUUAUUUAGCCUUAUUAGACAUUUACCUCGUAAGAGUCUCAUGGGCCUGAGUUUUAAUUUGAGAUUGGCACACUGUUGAUGCCAGUUGCAAAUAUGAGAGUGAAAGUAGAAGCUGUUUGCCUUGGAUCAUGAGAGAGCUAGUGUUAAGCUUUCUUUGUGUUAUGUCCCUGUACUUUGAAAAGAUAGCCAAACACUAAGAACCAGGUUACUCUUGAGUACUCACAAAUAAGGCACGUGCAAUCUGCAGCAUUUGACACAACCUUUGCAAAUCAAAAAAUAAUACGAUUUUGAUCCAACUAUAUUAAACAUUGUCAGGUCAAAGCACGUGAUGUUCAUUUGAUUCACCUUUUCCCACGGAACUAACAUGGGAGACCCCUCCUAAUGCAUUUCUCUUCUUACAAAAUAUUGAUAUUCUUUGCAUCACAUCUUUUUUUAGAAGCUGAAUGGAAAUGUUUUUGAAAUGAUGAAAGAAAAAGCACUAUCGUGAAACACUUAAGAAAUGUAUUCCUAGUAGACAGUCAGUUGCCAAUGGCAGAGCCACUCAUAGGCAUUCCUUUACUCCCACAUCUUCAGGUGCACGACGGCAAAUCAAUUCUUAAUCUGUGAGAACCACUACUAGAUUGCAUUUUAUCGUAUAGUCCUCUGCUAAAGAGCUUUGCUUUACACAGCAGGUAUAUUCAGGCAAUGCAGAAUGUAAUUUUAUACAAACAAGGGGCAGACAUUGUCAUAAAAGUCCACUAAAUGAAUGCAACAUAUUUUUCAACUCAGGCAUGCUCAGGGCAGUUCAAUACUUUGUGCAAACUUAAGUCUGGAUUCAUUUGAGUUUGCAGGUAUUGAUUAGUGUUCUCAGAUACAGCACAGUGCCCUGGAAUCAAAGCAGAAUUCUGAGUUUGCUUAAAUUACACUGCACACUAUCAGCAAAUUUAAAACUGAUUGCAUUUAAAGAUUUACUCUCGUCACUGGCACAAGAUCCACUUGUGUGUGGAAGUUGGUGUUUGUUCAAGGCUGCCAUUUCGUACGGCAUGGCUGACUUUUAGGCAAUAACAGAUUGAGUAAAUAGCCUUUAAUUGUAUCUGUACUGUGUUCACACUUUUGCUGCAAAUUUGAAACUGCUCAGACAGAACACACUGUUCAAUAAUGUUUAUUCCUCUUUCAUAUACUGCAUUGUUUCUCAUUCCUGUUUAUCCUACUCUGAUGGCACUCUUCUCCAUGUUGGACACAACCGUCACACCUUUUUACUUAAACAGCUCUGAAGGCCUCAGUCCAAAUCUCAAGUGAAGAAUGAAAGUGACUUUGAUUAUCUUCCAUCUUGCAGGCCUCCAACGGUCUCUUUCUCAGCGCACUGCUGGUGGUGCUGCCUCUGGAGUCUCUAACUCAUGGCUUGUUCCACGAGCUGGGCAGCUGCCUUGGGGGAACCUGUGUUGGAUACGCCCUGGUCAUACCAACAGCUUACUGCAGGUAUUGAAAAGAAAGGAAUGCUAAGACUGUAAAGAUGCAUAUCUGCCCUCCUGAGUUUUUCUGGGCAGGUACAGUAUGUGUGUUGUGUUUACAUCAUAGUGGCAGUUUUUGCUGUUAUAUUAAUGGUUUGUGAAGACUAGGGGUGCACGAUAUUGGGUUUUUGCAGAUAUCCAGUGUGCUGAUAUCUUCAAACUCAUUUUGGCUGAUACCGAUAUAAACACACUUUUUUUUAAGGACACCAAGUUUCUUCUAUAAUACAAUUAAACUUUUAAAACACUUACGCAAGCUGUCAUUUGCAUGCUCGUAAGUACUGCACCACCUUUUUGACCAGUAAUUAUGUAUGCAGGAAUGUCUGUAUCUGCCGAUACCACUGUUUGAUAUUUCAAGCUAAUGUCUGCUGAUACUCAAAUCAUGCAUCUUUUAUGCAUAAGUCUGUGUGAGAGGAAUUCCUUCUCCUCAGUACUGGACGUUUUUAUUCAUCCUGUUCUGUGUUGCUCUUCCAGGUUUGAAUUGGUCAGAUAUCAAUGUCAGCUACCCCUUCCACUCAUUUGUGGUAAAUUUUCCUGAAUCUUUCUUGCUGUGUUCUCACAUUGACUCAACAUAUCUUACUGCAGGAAUUUUAAUGGGAUGCUGGAAAAAGUCUGGGUGAAGUUGGAGAGAAAAUUUUGACUAUUUGCAAUUUAAGCACGCAGCCCACCCCCAACAAAUCUUGUCAGUUUUGCGCAUGUGCUGUCAGAGCUUGACCUAAACAGACAUUGGCAAAAUUUACAGAGGUUGGAGGCAGCCUCAAUGGAGCCCUAAGCAAAAUUAGAUUUUGGGGCCCUCUAUUUCUGCCAAUAAUAUUGAUUGUUGAUCAUUCACACACAUUCUUCCUCUUUCCUCCUCUUUCUUUUCUCUGCUCCUAAAGGAUAUGUCCUUUUUUGCAACAUUGUUUGCCCCACAACUACCUGCGGUUUGGAUGCUCAGUGCACAUUGCAUAGCAGGAGGCACACAACGAUAGUGGAGCUUUGACAUACCGGCAGUAGGAAUCACAGGCCUACAUCAGUAGCAGCACUAAAAUGUUUUUACUUUAUUUUAUUUUUACAAUAAUAUAUAUCAGACCACACAGAAAGCAUCAAUUAAAAAAAAUAUAUAUAUAUUAAAAAAUUUUUUUAGUUCGCUUAUGCCUUGGGCCGGCUCUGGUUGAAGGCAAGAGUGGUGGUGUAAGCACACAGCCAUUAUUAGAAAGCAUUGAAUCAAUGAUGAAACAACCUUUUGUUUACCAUAAUGUACUUGUUUGAAGUCAAAAACCAAAAGUUCACUUAUUAUCUUUAUGACAUAUGAAAAUGACCUUCAAUUCUGAGGCCCUGUUUUAACUGAGCUUUUCUUUGUAUUUCCAUGUGAUGACGUUCUGUGUUUAUGACUAUUUGUCAAAGCACUUUGUAAACCUCUGUUUUCAAAAAUGCUAUAAAAAAGGGUUAUCAUUAUUAUUAUUAUUAUUAUUAUUAUUAUUAUCUUAAUUAUUUAAAAGAAAAAAAGAUGACAAAAACUGAAUGUAACAACUUAAACCAAUAAGAUAGAAAAUCUGUCCACUCUCGACACAGUUGAUAAGCUUGAUUAAUAUUAGAAAAAUUAGAAAUAUACAUGUAACAGCUCUAAAACAAAGUGCUCUCCCUUUUCAAAACCCCCGAAAUAAACAUUUGUAACGACAAAGGCAAAGACAAAUUCUUACAAACAAGUCAAAGUCAAACAUGUCAAACAGAGUACUGGCAGCAAUUACAGCUCUUUAUUUAGAGUUGAAGCAGCGUCAGUAAUUUGGCCAAAUAAGUAAUCAAGAAAUCAUUUGGGUAUUAUAUGCACUGCCACUGUUCUCAUAGCUUUUUACCUGCCAUUUAUAUGGGUGAUGGUGUUUGACAGUCCAUUCAUAUUACCUUAUUAUACAUCCAGCUAAUCACAACACACAGCAGCGAAACACACCUCAUUUGCACUUAUAAACACCCUGGACCGACUCUGCCCCACGCUGAAGCCGUCUUGGCAUCCUAGGCGCUGGUAAAUAUGAUCACUCAUUCCAACUCCCUCCUCAGUUAACACAAAACCAACUGGAUAAAUAGGCCAAUAACUAUGCAUAAACAUGCUGCUAAUGUUUGGGCCCUUAAGGGAUCAUUCCUUUGCUCCCUCCGCAGCAUACUAAGUUGUUCAGCUGGAGCGGUUAGCCAUUAGCUCCUACUGCUGCUGCCUCUUCUCCUCACAACAAGUCAGCCAAUCCUUUUUUUUUUUUCAUUAAGUUUUGAUGAUGCUAACAUGUUUUCUCCAUGAGUUUUACAUCAGCUUUUCCAUCUGAAGGGGCCCCCUCAGAGGUUUAGAAACGUGGCUUUUUGAAGAUUUCAGACUGGUGAAUGUUCACACACCCGUUUUGUGUACAUGGAACCUUUACGGUAAAAGCUUUAGCAUUCAGAGGAAGCUGCCAGCUCUACUAGAGUUAAAGUCUCCAGGUGAUUUCACAAUGCAAGCCCAUGUCCAAUUGAAGCUGUUGACAUUCUGCAUGUGAGGCUGUAUGUGCAGGGGUCCAGAGGGAGGGCUGUGAGCAUGAUGAGAAUACAGCAGUGUAUAAUGGGGCUGUUUGAUGGCUGCAGAUCAUGUUUUCACAAUGACGAGAGCCCCACAGGGAGAUUAGAGCGAUUGGCGUGAGGAGAGGAGGUGCGCCGGGUAAAUCAGGGAGACAGGAGGGAGAUCACAAGCAGGGGUCUGAGAUUGUAAAUAGUAAAAGUGAAAAGGGACAAACAGAACCAAAGAUAGAGGAGAAUUGUCAAAGACGGGAAGGAGACUCUGAGCUCUGAGAGAAGUGUGGAGAUAAGGACAGGAAUUUUUUUUAAGGAUGAAAGAGAGAGAGAGUAACAGGGGAGGAUGUGGUGUGAAUCUCAAGCUCCAAGAUUUCACAACCCUGUAGCUGUGAGAUCUGAAAAAGAUCAGAUUGGUUUAGUAGCGCCUCGCAAAGGUUGCAGCAUGUCAGGGAGGAGGAUAUCUUUAUUCAAGACUUUUUCUUCAAGAAUCAACUUGUUUUUUGACUUCAAGUUAUGAAGUCUAUUUCUACAAAGGAAUUAGACAUGAAAAGAAGACUUAGCGCCAAGUGAGUCUUUAUGAGAUAUCAAUGAACUUGUCUCAGAACAGUAAGUGGUUUUGCCAGUUUUUCAUAUCAGAAAAAGUGUUUCCAACAAACUAAAAUUAGUUUAAGAGAAAAAAAAAACAUGAUGGCUGUUAGUUAAAUAGUUGCUGCCUAGUAGUUCCUCUACCCCUCUCUCGACCCCAUAUUUCCCAGAAGCUGCCAUUAAAACUCAAUGGUUUUAAUGGCAGCUGCUGGGAAAUAUCAAAGUGCUGCGAUCAGGAGGACUUAAGAUGGUUUAAAAAAAUUGGAAAUGGGACAUGACAGGACAAAGGCUCACCUGUAUUAGGACUGGACGAUAUGGCCUUAAAUCAAUAUCACAAUAUAUUGAGCAGUUCACCUCGAUAACAAUAAAUGGACAAUAUCUACUCCACAAGCUGCUCACCCCCUCCCACAUCAACUUUGUCUACUUCAUCCGCUGCUCCAGCCGCUCCAACUUUUAAACCGUCCUACAUCUCACCUGUUUUUCCCUCUUUUUUUCGAACUGGAUGGGGUACAGUCAAGUCUCCGACGUAGGACAGCUUUUGAAAAGGGACAUUAGACUAUAGCCUACCUACACACAUCCAAAAUCAACUUUUAUUCAUUUUUUGGCACCAAAUAUAUUGACAUGGGCUAAAUGACGUUGGUUAUUGUCGUAAAUUUUGGUAUCGGUAAAUUUUCGGUUUAUCGCCCAGACCUAACCUCUAGCAUGUAGUUUUGUCACGCAUUUCACUGGGCUGCAUGGCAGUGCAGUGGUUUGCCUAACAGCAAGAAGUUUGCUGUUUUGAACCCUAGCUGGCGCCUCUCUGUGCGGAGUUUGCAUGUGGUCCCCAUCCACCAGCAGAUUUCUCUCCUGGUCUUAUGGUUAAUGGAUAAAUUACAGUGUCACAGCUGUCCAAAGCUUUGUUCAAACUUUAUUGAGGACUAUUUUCCUAUACACAAACACCUGUGAACAAUUAGUGAGAGCCUGGGGAAUCACAUCGCCUCACUCAUCACAUUGAACUCUGGGUGAAUCCCACUUAAAAGUCUGGAGAAAUACAGACUUGUGGAAAGUGGGUUAUUUGGUGCUGUAAGAUGAACAAGUUCUGCGCUCGCACACACUAAUAGUAAACUCACCUUUAAGUUUGUGAGUGUUGAGAUCGAGAUUGGGCCAGAGUUUACAGCAAACACGCACAGAUCCAAACAGACCAAAAAUAUCCAUAUAUGUGUGGAAACCUGAGAGAAAAUUGGGAUGGAGGUAUUUAAAACUUCUAUCCUGACACUGUGACACUUAAACCUUUUCCUGUCAGGAUGAGACUGACACUGGUGUCAAUAAUAAGCUGUCAGAAUUAUGCAGAUGUCUGAAAGAAAAGCGUUAGAAAUGACUUGUUAUCAGCUUGUCCAUGAAUGACAUCAGGUCUCAAGUUAGACAUGUGAAUAAACGCGAGGCUGCAUUUAAUCUUCUUCUUGUUAUCAGCUAUCAGGGAUUUGAACCACAUGCAUCCACACACCCUUUUCUAAUAUCUCUUUGCCCUCAGCUGUCUUUAACCUCACUUCUCACUCAUAUCUCUCAUCACCCUGCUCAGCUCUCCUCUCCGUACCCCCUCUGCUUCUGUAUUUUCUUACUUUCCUUUCAUUCUUGCCUCCCUUCACACCCCUUGAGGCUAAUGUCAUUUCCGUCAGCAGUCAUGCACCACUCCUACCGCUCCCGUAUCCCUCUCCCUAUCUCCUCUCAUCCUCUGCUCUCUGUCUCCCUGCUGAUGCAGACAGAUACCCCAUCCCUGCGUGUCAAACUAUCAACUCUUCACUCAUUCAUCUCUCGUUUGCCCGUGCUCUCUUUCUUUCACCCUGCCUCUGACAAGCCCGCUAACUCGAGGCUCCCUCAGAGUGGAUAAAAAAUCAGAUUAACAUCCACAUUUUCUCACAGUGUUACUUUCUUAUUUCUCUCUCGGUGCAGCCCUGACGGUCAGCCCACUCUCCUUCCACCGGAGCACGUCCAGCAGCUGAACCUGCGCUCCACAGGAAUGCUGAACAAUGUGCAGCGGCUUUUUUCACACCACAUGAUCCAAACGUUUGGCUGUGACUACUCUACCAGUGGUGUCACGCUGGAGGCCUUGCUGGUGAAGCUGCGGAGCUUCCUGGAACUGCGAACAGAGGAUGGGCCCCGUCAUGACACCUAUCUGAUUUUCUACAGUGGGCACUCACACAAAGGCACCGGAGCGUGGGCUCUGACUGGUGAGGACUACACAAAUGCAACCUUUUGUGUGCAACCUUGACACAACCAGUUGGUGUUUGUGCUUUUCUAAAAAUUCCUCCACAGUUGUCGUUUGACUGCAAAGCCACUAUCUGCUUACCAUUCAAGUUCAUUUUAAUGUGCUCUACACUUGGCAGGUAUGAUAAGUUACAGCUGUCUCCACAGAAAAGGGAUUGCUACACUGAGUAAAAUAUGAAUAGAAGCAGAAGGUGAUAAUCAUCAAAACACUGAAACCCCAUAUUUCACUAAAAGUAGCAGAAAAACAACCUAUCAAAUGUUGGAUAUAGCAAACUGAGAUGUUCCAACAUCUGGUUUCUUUUACAAACUUUCCACUCUUUAGUUGCCACUUUUCCAAAACAUGUAAAAAGAAAGAUUUUUUCAAUGUUAUUUAACUUCAGAGUCCAAAAAGUAAGGAACCUCUCUAUUUUAAUGCAUUAAAGCACGAUUUAGCAAAUCCUUGCCUCCUCUGAUUGGUCGGCUAAAACUUGUAAUGUCUGUACAGUUCAGCAGACUGCUCCUCUGAUGAACUGGUUUUUGUAAAGGGAGGCAGAUCUGAUUGAAACCAACAAUCACAGCAAUCUACAGAAAAAAAUCCAUUGUAUUCAUAUGUAUUUGUCUGUUUUACUGUAACAAGGAAGGGAAAAAUGGGGUUCAUCGCUGCUAAAAUGACCCUCUCUCUGCACAUAUCCAAGACUGAACAGGAUGAACUUUAGGGGUGGGAGUAAAAAAUUAAUACAGCAUAGUAUUGCAAUAUUUUGUCUGGUGAUAUAUCAUAUCAUCUCAUUUGCCAAGUAUCAAUUAUUUCAAAUUAAUUGUUAAUAUGAAGUCAAAUCUACGAUAAUGGACAAAAUAAAAUGAACUGUUUGUCCAGUGAGGUUGGCAGAGGUGACAUCAUAGAGCGGGAGAAAGUUAGUGCGACAAAUAUAGCAAAUAUAACAGCUACAUGAAAAUAAAAAACUGUGUAAAUAAGACAAAAAUAAAGGAAAGCCAAAUGCUAAAUUAGCUAAACAGUUGAAAAAAUUGUAUGAAUCACAAUAUAUUGUAUCGCAAUACUCACUGUUUUGCAAAAUGUUAAAAAUCACAAUGAUAUCGAAUCAUAGGGCCACUGAUGAUUCCCACCCCGAGUGAACCUGUAAUGACAGGAAUCCUGAUCAUUCAUAAACAGUACAGAAAUGUAUGACUUCAACUUCCUGGUAGAACACAAAUAAUCUAUUUUUGCAUCAAAGCCUGUGUUGUUGCAUUUUUUCUUUGAAAGCUCAUCUGGGACACUGACAGUCGCACAGUUGCCUCAAGAGAAAACUGUGUUGACACCAAAAAAGUAUUUGUCAUCCUUAAUCAUCACUUUUAAACAGCAGGAUAGAUAUCAGCAAGUUGGACAUCAGUUUUGUCUCUUCAAACAGUCGCUUAACUUAAAGUAGCGGCGGUACAUUGUCAGGUUGUAUUAGGUAGAAACUCCCUGCAAACCUUAGUUUCCAUUCUUGGUGUUAUCCUUUGUCUCAGCUGAUCAGAGUGCAUCUGCACAGGUUAGGCGAAUAAGCCAAAUAAUUGAAAAUUGCUGUGAAGGAGAGACGACUGUGUGAAAGUUCCAGAUGGGUCUGCAGUGACAGGCGGCGCACUCCCUCAACACAAAUAUGAAUCACAGCAGGUUAACACCGUGUCAGCUCCGGCUCUACUGUUCAGAGAUUACUUGACACGUUAUCUCUCCUCGCCGCCGCAAACAAGGAAAAAAAAGUCUGCUGAAAAGAUAAUCACGUCCUAGUGUCACAUUUCUGAAGGGACAUUUAUACUCACCAGAUAAUUUAACUGAUUUUUGAUACAUGCCUGCAAAAUUCUAACUGUUUAUCUCCAUGUUCCCACAUCUUCCUCCAAUAAAGGAUUAUUUUGAUGCAACAGGAAUAAUGAAGUGGGCACCUGGCGUCACAAUAUCAGAAUUUUGAACUUUGGUAUGAUAGUAUUAAAAUCAAGUGAGAUAAUUCCCUGUUUGGAUACCAUGGCAACAAAAAUUAAACGUCUGAGGACCCAAAGUCAGGUAUUUUCUAUCUUUUUUUUAAUUACCGCACUGCCAACAGAGCUUGUUGAGAAAAAAUGAUGUGAUAUUAAAAAGUAUCAACAAUUCUGGAAAUCGUUGAGGACUCUGUUUCUGAUCUCUGAACUUCUCUCUUAAAAUCAGCGUCCUUGUGCAGUUUGUGUGGUGAAGGCAGUCAGACAGACAGGCAGCUCAGCAAUGAAAAGUUGACAGAUUUGAUCCCUUCAAAUGCUACUGUGUCCAUCAACAGUCAUGUGUCCUGUCGAAAUGUCCUUGAAUGCAACACUGAACAAAAGUAGCUCUCCUAACACUACUUUCUAUGUGUGUAAGAGAGUCUGGUGAGGAUAAAUGCUUUGGAAAACACCAGAAUGAAUGUGUAGCUUUUCUUUUUUUCACUCCUCUUUUUUUUUCUGUAACCCUGUUUUGCAGGAGGGGAGAGCCUCCACCUGGCCCAGCUCCUAGAGCUUUGGAAGGAGAAGAACGCCGGCCACUACUCCCGUCUCAUCCUCGUCCUGGACACCGAGAACUCCCUCCCCUGGGUGAAGGAGAUCCGCAGGGUGGAGGGCAUCUAUGUAGCCGUGCAGGGGGCUGAGUUAUCCGUUGCAAGGGUGGACCCUGAAGCUGGAGACCUCCCCUUUCUUGGUGACUUCACUCACGAAUGGGUGGAGUUCAACUGCAACCCGGACAGCGACACUCAAUGGUUGGAAAAGGGAAGGAUGGUCACCGCGGUCUACGGGGUUUCAAAACGCUGGAGCGACUACACACUUCACCUGCCCACAGGGAGUGACGUGGCCAAGCAUUGGAAGACCCACUUUCCCAAAGUUACCUAUCCCAUGGUGCACCUCUCCAACUGGUGCUGUGGCCUUAACCUGUUCUGGUUGUGUAGCGUGUUCUUGCGCUGCUUCAGGAGGUGUAAAAUGGCCUGGUUCCCUCCUGCUGUACUGGACACUGGACUGGGCAUCAAACUGGUGCACUCUUAGAAACGAGCAGAGAACAUUUGGAUUUUGUUGAUUUUGUCACAGCAGGGUGUUUAAAGAGAGAGAAAAAAAUAUGGUAUAUACUGACAUGACUGAGUUCUCCCCCAUGAGUUUGGGGGUUUUGUUACGGGGGUUGUUCGGCUAAAAAAAAAAGAUUGUUUUGUAUGUGAUAUUUUGGGCAAAUGUGCUAUUAUUUUGAACACCUUUUUGUCAUAAUCUUUUUUUUUUAAUCAACCUAGUGCCUUAUUAACAGACUUGGGAGCUAUCACUAACCAAAAAAAGCCAAAUUUCUUAUGUUAUAUAUCUCAGUAAGCAUCCUUGUCCCAUCUCUUAUUUAUAUUCUAAGUUAGCUAACUUCAUUAGCUUACACUGUGUGCAGGGAGCAGCUCAGUAUUUUUUAAAAGCUUUUUAACAAUAUUGACAAAAUGACUGUUGUGUUGGUGGCCCUCUGGGUACAAAGAUUCUUGCCAAGAUGCCAGCCCGCCACUCUUGCCGUAGGAUCUUAUCAAAUUCAUACUGUUCGAAUAUGCUUUUAUGUCUGAACUGAACCAAAAAGACACAUCUGCUCAAAGACAUAAUUGUACCCCAUCCUGGUUUGUAACACAAUUAUCACAAGUCAGGGGAGUUCUUUGCUCCACACAAACACAGAGCUUUAAAGUUUAAUAGCUGUACCCCUGGCCAUGUUUUGAAAAAGUUGCUUGUAAUUCAGUAAACUCUCUUUACUUUUUAUUGGGGAAGCAGCAAUAGGGAACCAUGUUGUAGAUUUCCUUAAUUUCCUCCUUUUAUUGGCUCUCCUUUUUCACUAAACUCUGGAGUGGAUUACUGCCUUCAAAGUUUCUGUUUUGCUUUAAAGUCUUCAAGAGGUCAAGUUUGUUUACUCAUGUGCCAUGCUGCACUAAUGUCUGAAAAUGUUGGAUUAAACAUGGAUAAUACCUGAC